AGAAAAAUGGCGCGAACCAAGCAAACCGCUAGAAAAUCGACCGGCGGGAAAGCACCUCGGAAGCAGCUCGCUACAAAAGCAGCCAGAAAAAGCGCUCCGGCCACCGGCGGCGUAAAAAAACCACACAGAUAUCGUCCGGGAACCGUCGCUUUACGAGAAAUCCGAAGAUACCAAAAGAGCACAGAACUGUUGAUACGCAAACUGCCGUUUCAACGUUUGGUUCGAGAGAUAGCUCAGGAUUUCAAAACGGAUCUACGUUUUCAGAGUUCAGCGGUCAUGGCGCUUCAAGAGGCUAGUGAAGCGUAUUUAGUUGGGCUGUUUGAAGAUACGAAUCUUUGCGCGAUUCACGCGAAAAGAGUCACGAUAAUGCCGAAAGAUAUCCAGUUGGCGAGAAGGGUUAGAGGCGAGAGAGCGUAGUUUACCGCCAUUUUUUGAUGACGCACCGAUUAUACGAAGCAGGCAUGUAAAUAGUGUGUUUAAUAUAUCUAAGUUAUUUAUUAAUGAAUGAGGCACUUAGUGAACAGUAACCGACAAAGUCCUUUUCAGGACUGCAA